AUGGUCUUUGGGACAGUUCUGCUCCCACCUAGCAGUUAUGGUAGAGAUCAGAACACGCCGCUCUGCUGCCUGCGCGGCGAGGCCUCGGGACGUGCUCGACCCGCCUUAACAGAAGCCUUGCAUCGCCCCUACGGUUGUGAUGUCGAGCCUCAGGCGCUGAAUGAAGCUAUCAGGUGGAGCUCCAAGGAGAACUUGCUUGGAGCCACUGAGAGUGACCCUAAUCUCUUCGUUGCACUUUACGAUUUUGUAGCAAGUGGUGAUAACACGCUCAGCAUCACUAAAGGUGAGAAGCUGCGUGUCCUUGGGUACAACCAGAAUGGUGAGUGGAGCGAAGUUCGCUCUAAGAACGGACAGGGCUGGGUGCCGAGCAACUACAUCACCCCGGUGAACAGCCUGGAAAAGCACUCCUGGUACCACGGACCCGUGUCGCGCAGCGCGGCAGAGUAUCUGCUCAGCAGCCUGAUCAACGGCAGUUUCCUGGUGCGGGAAAGUGAGAGCAGCCCCGGGCAGCUGUCGAUCUCACUCAGGUACGAGGGCCGUGUGUAUCACUACAGGAUCAAUACCACCACGGACGGCAAGGUGUACGUGACGGCUGAGAGCCGCUUCAGCACCUUGGCAGAGCUCGUUCACCACCACUCCACGGUGGCCGACGGGCUGGUGACCACUCUGCACUACCCAGCCCCCAAGUGCAAUAAGCCUACGGUCUACGGCGUGUCCCCCAUCCACGACAAGUGGGAGAUGGAACGAACAGAUAUCACCAUGAAGCACAAACUCGGGGGUGGGCAGUAUGGGGAGGUCUACGUUGGCGUCUGGAAGAAAUACAGCCUUACGGUUGCUGUGAAAACACUGAAGGAAGACACCAUGGAGGUGGAGGAGUUCCUGAAAGAAGCUGCGGUGAUGAAGGAGAUCAAGCACCCUAAUCUGGUACAGCUGUUAGGUGUGUGUACUCUGGAGCCACCGUUUUACAUUGUGACUGAAUACAUGCCGUACGGGAACCUGCUGGAUUAUCUCCGAGAAUGCAGCCGGGAGGAGGUGACUGCCGUCGUGCUGCUCUACAUGGCCACUCAGAUCUCUUCCGCCAUGGAGUAUCUGGAGAAGAAGAACUUCAUCCACAGAGAUCUUGCGGCUCGGAACUGCCUCGUGGGAGAAAACCACGUGGUAAAAGUGGCUGACUUUGGCUUGAGUAGACUGAUGACCGGAGACACCUAUACUGCUCACGCUGGCGCCAAAUUCCCUAUCAAGUGGACAGCACCAGAGAGUCUUGCCUACAAUACGUUCUCAAUUAAAUCUGAUGUCUGGGCUUUUGGGGUACUGCUGUGGGAAAUCGCCACAUAUGGAAUGUCGCCAUAUCCGGGUAUUGACCUGUCUCAGGUCUACGAUCUGCUGGAAAAGGGGUACCGCAUGGAACAGCCUGAGGGAUGCCCCCCUAAGGUUUACGAACUUAUGAGAGCAUGCUGGAAGUGGAGCCCUGCUGACAGGCCCUCUUUUGCUGAAACGCAUCAAGCUUUUGAAACCAUGUUCCAUGACUCGAGCAUUUCUGAAGAGGUAGCCGAGGAGCUGGGCAGAGCCGCCUCGUCGUCAUCUGUUGCUCCGUACCUGCCCCGGUUACCUGUCCUUCCGUCCAAGACUCGGACACUGAGGAAGCAGCUGGAGAACCAGGAGAACAUGGAAGAGGGGCAAGAUGCCACAGAAAACUCUGCUUCCAGUUCGGCACCAGGGUUCAUGAGAAGCGCACAGGCCUCCAGUGGGUCCCCGGCACUGCCUCGGAAGCAGAGAGACAAGUCACCCAGCAGCCUCUUGGAAGAUGCCAAAGAGACAUGCUUCACCAGGGACAGGAAGGGAGGCUUCUUCAGCUCGUUCAUGAAAAAGAGAAACGCCCCCACGCCCCCCAAACGCAGCAGCUCCUUCCGAGAAAUGGAGAAUCAGCCCCACAAGAAAUACGAACUCACGGGUAACUUCUCGUCUGUGGCUUCUCUGCAGCAUGCCGAGGGGUUCUCUCUCACUCCUGCCCAGCAAGAGGCGAACCUGGUGCCACCCAAGUGCUACGGGGGCAGCUUCGCGCAGAGGAGUCUCUGCCCUGACGACGGCGGCGGCGGUGGCGGCGGGUGGUCCGGCCUCACGGGCUUCUUCACGCCGCGCUUAAUCAAAAAGACCCUGGGCUUGCGAGCAGGUAAACCCACAGCCAGCGACGACACUUCCAAGCCGUUUCCAAGGUCAAACUCUACAUCUUCCAUGUCCUCAGGGCUUCCAGAGCAGGACAGAAUGGCGAUGACCCUUCCCAGGAACUGCCAGAGGGCCAAAGUCCAGCUGGAAAGGACCGUGUCCACCUCUUCUCAGCCGGAAGAGAACGGGGACAGGGCCAGCGACGCGCUUCCAAAAAAAUCAGAGGACGGUGCUGCUCCAACCAGGGAGAGACCAAAAGCCAAACUGUUGCCCAGAGGAGCCGCAGCUGCUCCUCUCAGAAGCCCCUCUGGGGACCCAGCCGUCCCCGAGAAGGACGCCGCGGGGCCGGGCAAGGAGAGGAACGGCGGGGCCCGGCUCGGCAUGGCCGGAGUCCCGGAGGACGGCGAGCAGCCCGGCUGGUCCUCCCCGGCCAGGGCCGCGGCCGCGCUGCCCGCCGCCCACAGCCACCGAGUGCCGGUGCUCAUCUCGCCCACGCCGAGGCCCGCGGCGGCCGACGCGCAGCUCGUGGGCACGGACUCGCAGGGGAACAAGUUCAAGCUCCUGUGCGAGCACCAGGCCGCGGCCUCUGCAGACAAGGACCGGCCCCGCCGGCUGAAACCAAAGUGCGCCCCGCCCCCGCCCCCGGCGCCCAGACCGCCGCCGCAGCCGCCCGCCUGCUCGGAGCCCUCGGAGCCCCCGCAGGAGCCGCCGGAGCCGCAGGAAGCGGGGAAGAGGGCGGCUCCCGGGCCCGCGCCCAGCGCGGGGAAAGCCGCGCGGCCGGCGAUGCCUCCGCCCCAAGUGCCUCUGCCCGCGGCCUCGGCCUCCGUCUCGCCGGCCAAGAUGGCCAACGGCACCGCGGGCGCCAAAGUGGCUCUGAGGAGAGCCAGGCAGGCCGCCGAGAAGCUCUCGGCAGACAAGGUCAGCAAAGAGGCCCUGCUGGAGUGUGCCGGCCUGCUGUCCAGCGCCAUCGCGGAGCCCGUGCCCCACAGCCAGCUGCUGGACGCGGGCCUGCAGCUGCUCGAGCGCUGCUCGGGCUACGUGGACUGCAUCCCGCACACGCGCACCAAGUUCGCCUUCCGCGAGGCCGUGAGCAGACUGGAGCUCAGCCUGCAGGAGCUGCAGGUGUCCUCGGCCGCCGGCGUGCCGGGGGCGAGCCCCGUGCUCAGUAACUUGCUGUCGUGUGUGCAGGAGAUCAGCGAUGUCGUGCAGAGGUAGCCU